AUGGACAGCUUAGGAAACUAUACUGAGCGAUCUGUUGAGCCUGAAUUGGGCUCUUUUGGAGAAUUUCCUCCAGAGAUCCUGGCGGUGAUCUUUUCUCACCUGGAUCCACAUACCCUUAACUCUCUCCGGGCUGUGAGCAGGUUAUGGGAUUCGAUAGCAGGAGAUGACCAGGUGUGGCGUUUGCUUUAUAGGCGAGAAUUUGGUUAUGCAGGAUCACUUACACGCGGGAACAGCUGGCGACAGGAAUAUCUGACGAGAUCUCAGGCUCAAGAUAGAUGGCUUCGUGGAAAGGCCGUUCACCAUUCAAGUACUCUGUCUCAAAUCCAUGUUUCGCGAAUUGCAGUGGAUUUUGCCAAUGAGAGGCUGUUUUGUUCAUCGAUGGCUCAUGGAGGAUUUACUGUAAGUGAUUUAAAGUCCAAUAAAGAGCCUCUGUUCAUACGGUGUGCACAGUCUGGCUUCACAAGCUUUGACUUUGGCAAGAACGGAAUGGCAAUGGGAAAAUGGGACGGAAGCGUGACAAUCAGGCUGUUUCAGUCGGACAAAAAUGAUCUGUUAUCAGAUGGGUCUGCCGAUAUGAUCACGGCCACGUGUGUAGCCAAAGGUCAUUUGCCUGGGCACCAAGGAACCGUGGGAUGCCUGACAGGAGACUCACAGGGCUGGCUGAAAGCUUGGGAUAUGAGAUUUUGCCAAAGGCUAAACGUUCUGCGAGUAGGAACUGAGCCGAUAGUGGCGAUUGUGUCUGAUUUUGAUGGAAAUGUUCUGGUCAAAGAUGCUACCAGUCGAGUUUUCGCAAUCCACAAUUUUGGCACUCCGCGCCAGCUGUUCUACGGUGAACCCUCAGCAUUUGUGGAGUUUGCGGCAGUGGAUUACGGUGGACGGCGUGUUGUCAUCAAUGCAGGUGCUUACGUCGCGAUAUGCUCUUUUGAUCAAUCAACUUUCGGCCAGACAACAACUUAUAUUCCUUCUUCAACUGUGUUUAAGGUUGCAAUUGAUGAGAAUAGUGCUUCCAGAAGACCAACUUCUCAUCCCAUAGCGGGAGCAGACAGUUGCAUGUGUGCGAUUCUAGAAAAGUCCGGAAUGGUUGUGAUCAUUGAUCUUAGAGAUCUGUCCACAGUAGUCCGCACACAGUUUGGGCCACGUGCGUCUGAUGUGGCCAAAGUUGAGGCUGGUGAAAGCCCGCCUGUAUGUUCUAUUUGUGUCAACUCUGUGGUGUGUUUGCUGGGAUUCUACAAUGGCUAUGUGGCAGUGCACUCGUCAGUAACAGGAGAGUUCAUGCGCAGCGCGUCUGUGCGGAUACCGAAGCGACUUGUGAACUACAGGAAUACCAAUAUUGCAGUCGCGAACGUGGCAAUCGAUCCAGAUGCCUCUUCAGCUCGCGGAGUAUUCUCGUGCGGCUCCUGUAUACAAUACUUUGAGUUUGGGCAUGCGCCCAGGAAACAGCGUGAAAAACGAGGAUUUGUUCGCGGUGGAACCACCGACAAGCGGGACGGACUUUUGUCAAAGAUGCGGCAAGAGUACGACGAUUAUCAGCAUUUGAAUCACGAGCAGGAGCUCCAAGACGCUCGGUUUGAGACGUUCAAUGGCGAUGUAGGGUCCGAUAUCGAAUUGGAGAUGGCAAUUGCGUUGAGUCAAUCAAUACAACAACCAUCUCGCACGUCUGAUGAGGAUGACCAUUUGCGGCUUGCACUUGCAAUGUCGGCACGAUCCCAAGAGCCGCACGGAUACAGCGAGAACGAAGAUGAGGACGAGCAGUUGAGGCUCGCGAUGGAGAUUUCACGGCUUGAGACUGGGGCCGAUGCCGGUGUGUACACAGAUUAG